AUGGAUGAUCUCGAGCGGGCCAUUCUCUUCAGCUUCGAUCAAUCAGGAGCCGUCGACGUCUCGCUCCGCGCACGCGCGCACGCGUUCUGCGCGGAGGCUCGGCGCUCCCCGCAGCUAUGGCGCGUGUGCGUGGAGCGGCUCAUCUCGUCGAGCUACCCUGAGGUGCAGUUCUGGUGCCUGCAGGCGCUCGAAGAGCUCUUGCUGCGCCAGCGACUGCGCGCGGACGGCCAGCCGCAGCCCGCGGGGGGGGUAUCUUCUGGCGACGGCGGCGCUGGCGCAGGGGCGGAGGGUGAGUUUCUUCCGCCCGAAGCGCUGGCGGAGCUCCGCGAAACCCUAAUGGCGGUAGCCUUCAGGUGUCCCGUGGGAUCAGGGCUGAUGCCAGGGCUGAUGCCAGGGGCGGGGGGGCCGCAGGGCAUGGCAGAUGCGCAGGCAGGAGGGCAAGCGGGCGGGGGGGUGCCGCUGUGCGCGUCAUGGCCGGUAUUCAUCCGCAACAAGGUGGCGCAGGUGAUCGUGCUGCUUAUCCGCCUGCACUACCCCACACCGUGGCACACCGCAUUCGACCCCAUCGUCUCCGCGCUCAUGGCGGUCGGCGCAGCGGCCAACCCCCAAGCCUCCGCCGCCGGCGGUACCACCAGCUCCAUGGCGCAAGCGGGUGGCGCGGAGGGCGCGGGCGCGUGGAGCGUGGUGAGUCUGGACAUGGCGUGCCGCGUGCUGGCGGCGCUGGACCAGGAGGUGCUGAGCAUCGAGUACGCGCGCACGGCGGAGGAGUCGGCCGCCGCCAUGCGCGUCAAGGACGGCAUGCGCGAGGGCUGCAUUGCGCCGCUCGUGCACGCCUGGUACUGCGCCGCUGUCGCGCUGCUAACGGCGCUGGGGGCGGGGGGAGCAGGAGGAGGAGCUGGGGCAGAGCAGGGUGGGAUGCCGGGCAGUAACGGUGUGGGCGGGGGAGGGGGAGAUGUGGUGUUGAGGGACGGGAGGGGGAGCGCGGUGAGCAGGGACGACGCGGCGGCAUCUGUAGCGGCGCUGCUGGAAACGCUACAGCCGUACGUGGCAUGGAUAGACAUCGGGCUUGUCGCGGACUCCCGUUGGCUGCCGCUCCUCUUCGGCCUCCUAGCAGCACACACCAGCGACGUGCGCCUGCGAUCCGCGGCGUGCGGGUGCAUCCUCGCUAUAGUGAACAAGCGCAUGGACGCCGUGAGCAAGGUGGCGCUGCUGCAGCGCGUGCAGAUCGCGCAGGUGGCGGGCGUGCGCGUGGUGGAGGAGAUCGCGCGCGCGGACGAGGGGCUCACGCUGCGCCUCGCGGAGCUGCUGACGGGCGCCGCCACCGAGAUCAUGGAGUGCAUCAAGAAACUCGAGGCGGGGGGUGGCGGGGGCGGACGGGCGGAGGGGGUUCUGCAGGGGUUCGGGAUGGAAGACGGGAAGGGCGCGGGCGCGGGGGACGGGGGAGGCGGGGAGGCGUCUGAAUCAGUAGCAGUGGCGGCGACGGCGGCGGCGCAGGGCAUGCUGGAUGCCAUUCUGCCGGCCGUGUUCUUUUUGGCGCAGAGGCACCCCGACGAGGACGUGUCCGCCAACUGCUUCCAGUUCCUCCUCUUCUUCGUCGCUGACAUGCGCCGCGUCGGCGGCGCCAGCAGCAGAGGCGCCGCGGCGCUCGCCGCCACCGCAGCAGCCGCCGGAGCAGCAGACGCGGCGGCGGCAGCGGUGAGAGAGCGGCAGGAGCAGCAACUGCGGCAGGUGCUGCUGGUAGUGGGGGAGCGGAUGAGGUACCCUGAGAGCAGCUGUGAGGCGUUAGAUGCACCGACAAAGGAGGGCGAGGAGGAGGAGGAGCGCGUGGGCGAACAGCGCAAGGACCUCUUCGUGCUGCUGCGCUCCGCCGCCAAGGUCAACCCUGCCGUCGUGCGCGCGUUCGUCCAUGAAACCCUAGCCGCAGCGCUCGCACGCGGGCCGCACGCGACGUUCGCGGAGACAGAGGCAGCAGUGCAGCUGUUCUAUCAACUAGGCGAGGGCGUCACGGAGGAGGCACUCAAGCCUGGCAGCGGCGCGCUGGGGGAGAUGACCGCGCUGCUCCUCUCCUCCUCCUCCUCCUCCUCCUCCUCCUCUGCCUCAGUGGCCUCCCAGCAGCAGGGAGCAGGCGGGGCGGCAGCAGGGGCAGCGGGAGGGGGGGUGAGGUACAGGGGGCACCGGCUGGUGGCGGUGGCGUGGCUGGAGGUGAUAGUGCGGUAUGUGCGGUUCGUGCAGCAGCGCCCUCAGUACAUCCCUGCUGCACUAGAUGCUUUCCUGGGCCCGUGGGGCGUGGGGCACGGCAACAGCGCGGUGGCGGGGCGGGCAGCGUACCUGCUGAUGCGCGUGGUGAAGGUGCUGAGACAACAGCUGCUGCCACUGCUCGACUCCAUCCUCAUGGGUCUGCAGCGCAUGUUAGAGGCCAUCACGUCAGCGCCACCAGCAGCAGCAGGCAAGGGGGCAGGCGGGCAGGGCAGACCAGCAGGGCCGUUUGGGCGAGGAGAAGGUGCCUUUGACGACCGCAUCUAUGCGUAUGAGGCAGUGGGGCUGCUAUUGGCGCAGGAGGAAGUGCCAGCUCAGCAGCAGGCAGCGUGCUUGUCAGCGCUGCUCACACCGCUCAUCGCACGGGCAGAUGCGUUGGCACAAGAAGCACAGGCGGCAGAAGCAGGAGGAGGGGGAGCGGAGGCGGCAGCGGGCAUGGUGGCGGCGCUGCAGCAGGUGAUCAUGGCCAUGAGCUACCUGUCCAAGGGCUUUGCCGCGCACAUGGUGACCACGGCGCGGCCAGAGCUGGCGCAGCUGUUCAAGGGCGCCGUGGAGUGCGUGCUCCGCGUGCUGCACGCCCUGCCCCGCAGCCGCCCCACUCGCUCCAAGGUGACAUCAUUCCUGCACCGCAUGGCGGACUGCCUGGGGGCGCACAUCAUCCCCUUCCUGCCACAAGCACUGCCGCUCCUCCUCGCGCACUGUGAGGCGAGGGACAUGGUGGAGUGUGUGCAGCUGCUGUCACUGCUAACAGCCAAGCACCGCGCACACAUGGCGCCCAUCGUCGACGCCCUGCUCGCCCCCCUCUUCGCCCGCCUCUCCGUCCUGCUGCCCUCGUCGCUCCCCUCGCUCAUGGGGCCACCCAACACCACCUCUGACGCCUCUGGCACGCCCGAGGAGGUGAGGGAGCAGCGGGAGGUGUUGAGAGCAGUGGUGAUGCUGCUGCACGGCAUCACCAUGGCGGACCUGCACGCCACCUUCCUCUCCCCCGCCAACGCCUCACAAGUGCUCCCACGCAUCAUCACUCUCCUUCUAGACACGGCCUCACUGCAUGUGGACAUCUCGCUGCGCAAGGUGGCCGUUGCCUGCUUCAUCCGCUUCGCCUCCGACUGGUGCUCCUGCGACCCCGAGAAGGCGCCGGGGUUCAGGGCGUUUUUGUUGGAGCAGUUUCUGCCCACGGCGUGCCUGCUGCCGUGCCUGCAGCCCUCCUUCUCCCUGCAGGACGCCAACUCCGCUUUGCUAGUGAACGACAUUUCACUCGCCCUGCUGGCGCUGCACCACACGUGCGGCCAGCUGCUCUCCGAUCGCCUCCUUUCUUCUCUUCUGCCCUCACUUAACUGUCCACCCACGUUAGCCGCCAACUUUUGUACCCAGCUCCAGAGAGGAGAUGCAAAGAUAGCACGUGAUGCAUUUAGAGAGUUAUUGGAACUCGCCUACUUGACCUACCUAUUGGGGAACGAGCUGCUUGAUCUGGAUCUCCCUGUCGCAGCCGCCGCUCAGCCUGGACCUCACAAGUCAUUGCGAGCUGCCGAGGUACAGAACAGGUCUUUGUCGGCAGAGCCGGUGCUGGUGCCUGUUGCUCCCACCAAUGGCAGACUGACUGAGGGCACCUUCGUCACGCAAGUUGCCGAGGCGCAAUUGCGGAAUUGUCCGGCGAACGCCAGGAGCACGGUGCGGGGAGCUGGGGUGUUUCACGGGAAAAGCUUGUCUGCGCCAUCUAACGAAGUGGCCGGGUCCCCAAUAGCAGCUCCAGUAGUUUUCGGUUCCAUGGUUGAGCCAGCCACUUUGUUGUCCUGGCGCCCCCCUUUGGAGUAUGGUCCCCUGGCUGGUGGCGCAGCAGCCCCCGCUCCCGACCCUGCUGCAUGUCGCCCCACAGCAAAUGCCACCGCAGCCGCAUUGGCUGCCUGUGACAUUGGGGCAAGUCAGCAGGGUCUACUGAAUACACCUGAAGCUUUUGAAAUGCGGAGAAACAGAGCAAUGCUUCAUGCUCUGUCAGACGCCCCAGGCCGCAGCACCUUGAGUCCGGUGAAGUCUCAAAAGCAGAGCCAUAGCUUUCACUCGAGAGCUGGAGGUGGUGGCAUUACUAAGAAGAGUUCGACUGAAAAGUACAGGAGAGCUCGUGUCAGUCAGGGAUUUUCAAAUUUGCGUGAAGUCAUACCAGGGAAGUUUCUUAGCAGCCACAUUCAGAAGGCGAGAGGAUUUACUCAAAGGGCUGACUUGUGUACAUUGCUUAAUGCAGCAUCAGACUACAUCAACUACAUGAAGCACGUGCGGAUCAUCGUCGCGUACACGUGGUUCGUCAACGUCUCCAUCGUCAUCCUCGUCCCUGUCGACGUCUGGACGGCGAUAUGUUUGGAGGGCGAGGCGGGCCCCACGGGGAUGACGUCGGGGCUGUCAGCAGCGGUGUGCGGCUCGAAGCUCUCCGUGCAGUUCAUGUGGAGCUUCUCCUACUGGAGCGCUUACUUCCUCACAUGGGUGAUCAUCCCGAUCAUGCAGGGCUACGAGGACGCAGGGGACUUCACGGCAAAAGAGCGGCUGCGCACGAGUGUGAGGAUGAACCUCAUGCUCAUUGGCAUCGUGGGCGCCGUGGCCGUGGUCGGCAUCAUCAUCUUGCUCGCCACCAAGGAGAUGGCCUGGGACAACAUAGUGUCGCUGGCCAUAGGGGCGUCGAACGCCUUUGCGCUGAUAACGGGCGCGUUGCUGCUGGGGUACGGGCUGGUGGAGAUCCCAAGGGGCCUCUGGAGCCACGCUGACCUGGCAGAGCGUCACAAGUGGCUGUCCGUGCGCGUGGCCCGGGCGGCACAGAAACUGGACCAGGCGCACCAGGAGCUCAGCACUGCCAUCGUGAUUGCACAGGCCACCUCGCUGCAGAUGCCCCGCCAUGAUCCUUUGCGACCCAUGAUGGAGAUAAUCGAUGCCAUGGCGAGUGAGGACGCGGGGUUCAAGCCAUCGGGCGGGCAGAUAGGCGAGAACGACAUGGACUACGACGCCGACGCCAAGAGCAUGGCCGCCCUCCGCCGCCGCCUGCGCAACGCCCAGGACAACUACUCGCGCUGCAAGACGGAGUACUGCACGGUGGUGUGGGAGGCGCUGCAGCUGGAGGAGACGUUGCACAACUGCUACCAGGGCACCGGCCGCUACACCUCCUACCUGCGCGCGCCCAGGAAGGGCUUCUUUGCCCCACUCCUCGAUGUCGUCGAGUGGUGGUGGCGCUGUGCCAUCCGCAGCCACGUGGUGCGGGCCUUCGCGCUGCUCCUCGGCCUCAUCUCCCUCGCCAUCCUCUUUGCUGAGGCCACCCUGCUUUCCCAGAAGUGGGUCGACCUCUCGCUCUUCUCCGUGCUUGUGCGAGCCGCUGCUCUGCACGGGGAGGCGGUGCAGCUGAUAGUGUUUGUGCCGCUGGUGUACCUGUGCGUGUGCACGUACUUCUCUCUCUUCAAGCUCGGCAUGUUCUCCUUCUACUACCUCGUCCCCGCACACACCGACUCCGUCUCACUCCUCAUCAACUGCUCCAUGGUGUCCCGGUACGCGGCCCCCAUGUGCUACAACUUCCUCAGUCUCAUCCACCUGCGCCACUACAACUACGCUACUGGCUCUGUUGAGCCCCUCAUCACCGUCUUUGAAAAGCGCAUGGGGGUGCUGCCCAAGUCGUUUGACCGCGUGUAUCCGCUGUGCAUGGUAGCGUGGUCGUUGCUCAUCGCCCUCAACGUGCACCACCGCCUCUUUGACUCCGUCACGCACCUCCUCUCGCACUGCCGCGGCCUCUACAGCCGCACCUGGCACCGCCUGCGCUUUGACGAUGACGGCGAGGGGGAGGACGUGGGCGUGGACGGGCGCAGGGUGGUCGUCAAGGGCCACGUGAUACUGCAACGAGAGCGGGCGACCAUAGAGCGUGGGCUGCCAAUGGGCGAGAGUGUGGUGCCCCUGGCGCGCCACUUCUCCUCCAAGGACCUCCAUGCCUCCUCCUCCGCCUCCUCCCUGCUCUCAGGCCAUUACUCCACCCCCACUAAGGUGCCGCACACGGACCCCAGCUCCUCCUCCUCCGCUGAUCCUCUGCUUGAUUCACGGCUGCCUGCGGUGAGGCCAGCAGGGGGCAAGCCUGCCGCUGACAGCGCCAGCACCAAGAACCCCGAGUCGGCAUCCUUGCUCAGAGCAGCAGACACCAGCUCCGCUUCACUCAAAUAUUCUGGCAUCAUUGCUGCUGGUGCUGCUGCUGGGUCAUCUGCUGGCGGCAGUGCCAGGAAGCCCCAGCGGCCUCCUGCAGGGGGUGCUUCAGGUGCUUCAUCAGGUGCUGCCUCUCCAGCAGCAGGUGUGGCAGCCAGGGUGGGGCUGGAGGCGAGCAUCAAGUCAAGCUCAGCAGGCGAUCUGCUUCCCCUGGGUCGGGAGAAGUCAAGGCAGGCCUCUGUCCCUGGCAGUCCCCUCUUGCUCUCUCGAGCUGCCUCUCCUCUUGUUACUGCCAGGCUGCCACCCAUCAGCACCUCGGCUCACUCCACUCCACACCACCUUUCCACUGCUGUAGCUGCUGCUCCUGCUGGCAGCGUAACACCCACGCGCCCACUCUCGCCUCCCUCUCUCCUCUCUUCCGCUCUGGGCCUAAGCUCGGCCGCAAUGGUUUCAACGCCACAACGGUACUUCUGGGCCGGGCAGGCCACAGCAGCAACGGUAGCAGGUGGAGCAGAGCAGCUAGAAUCAGGCACCCAUCAAGGGAGCAGUCAUGCAGCGGGUAUGUCUCCUACACAGUCCCCACUAAUCUCGGGCCAAAGAGGAGCAGCAGCAGGUGCUGGUUCAGGAGGGACCAUCCCUGGCAGCAGCGGCCAUUGGUCGCAAACACUGCUUGAGUCGCGCUGGUCUCAGGCAGUCACAUCCCGCCUGCGUGAUGCCUCAUCCAGCAGCACAAUGGGCAGGCUGAGGGACAUUCUAGGAAGCCCACGUCCACACAGUAAAGAUGACGGGGGUGUGGAUACAACUGGACGAAGUGGAGGUGGCGUGACACAAGAGACUGCUCCUGAUCUGGACAGUAUAUUUGAAAGCUUGCAUGCACGGCGAGCUGCAGCACACACGGAAGAUAUUGAUGAUUUUGAAGAUCAACAUGGAUUGCUACGUCCAGGAAGGGAGCAGCAAAGCAGACGAAAGUGA